AUGAGUAAAAAACUAAUCGAUGAAGAAUUUGAAAGUUUACAACUCGAUCGGCCCGGGAGUGGGAAAACUCCCCUACAAAUUCAAAAACAUUCUAUCGAUCCGUCAUUUGAAAAUAAACCCAUAGAGAGGAGUUUGUACAUUUUAUCGAAAGGAGAUGUUGUACAAAAACUUAGUGUGAUCCAAAAUCUUCCAAACCUGCUAAAUGAUGAUUACAACGGAACUCUGACCCGAAUUAUACCAAAAAUACAACAAGAGCUGCCUAUGACAUCCUCGAUAGAAUUUCACUUGAUCACAAGCAAAAUUUAUAAAGUACUUAUAGAAAUGAAGCUGGAUAUUAAUUUGUUAAAAAUAGUAUUGCAAGGCAUUGAAAGUAAAGAUCCAAUUGUAGCGGGCGCUUGGAACGAAACACUUGUAGAAACAAUUACUUUUUUAUCGGAAGCGGCUGUAAAAAACGAAGUGCUGCCAUUUGCUAUAAAACAAUCACAAUUGAAUAAACCUGUUACUGCCAGAGUGAACAGCUGCAGAAUGAUAGGAAAAAUUGCUAUACAUCCUCAAGUAUCUACAUUUGACGUUAAAAAAGAAAUAGUUCCUGUGACCCAAAGUCUCUGUCAGGAUUGCUUAUAUGAAGUUAGAGCCGCAAUGUGCUCAGAAUUGUGCAAUGUUGCCAAAGGUUUAGCGAACGAGAAGAACGUAGAAGCGAGCUUAUUGACCUGUCUUGUCGAGUUAUCAAAUGAUGAAAACGUGCAAGUAAGGGCAGCGGCUGUGAAUGUUGCUGUAGCACUAAUUCCUUAUUUAAGUCAAGAAGCUGUAAAUACUGCUGCUGUUCCCCUAGUAAAACGACUGUGCCUUAAUAGUUUAAGUGAAGGCGACAUGACCUUUGCUGAUGUAGCAAAGAAUUAUGGUAAAAUGUUGACUUUCCUUCAGCAUCAUCUGAACGAAGAGGACGGUUUGUGGUUUAUCAAUCAAUUUGUGGAACUAUCGAGGAAAGGAUUAGUGUUAGUACACGAGGAUUUCGAAAGCGAACCACUGUCGAUUAAUUGUCGAGUUCACUGCGCAGCUAAUCUUGCUAAUGUCGCUUUUUUUGUACUUAGCGUCGUACCAAACGAGAAGGAUAAAUUGUACCAUGCAUUUGAAGAACUAGCCGCUGAUCCGUGCUUUAUCGUAAGGAAAACUGUGGCUGAAAAUAUCUUUGAGAUCACUAAAGCACUGGGUGCAGGAUCACAAGUUAUAAUACCUGAUAUCCUGAAACUAAUUAGAGACGAUUCUGAAGAAGUACUAGACGUUUUAAUUCCUAAUAUCGGUAAUACCUUUACUUUUCUGGCUAAUGCUGGAUUUCUGUCGAAAGAACAAACCACUCAGACCACUAUAGACAUGGGCAGAGCUCUAGUGAAGUGCCAAACAGAGAUAUUUAAAUAUCACAAUUGGCGUAGAAAGAGGUCCUUCUUAGAGCAAUUGGAGAAACUACCAAAUUGUACUCCAUCUGAUUUUAUCCACCAACAUUUUACUCCGUUAAUAUUGAAACUGACAAUAGAGGGGGCUCGACCAGUGCGAACACAAGCAGCCAGAACUCUUUUGUUCUUCUUGAAGCAUAAUGUAAAAGAUAAUCACCGAAAGUGGAUCAAAGAAAGUUUAAUAAGCACUUUAUGCAAUUCCGAAAGUUGUUACAACAGGCACAUAUUCGUUAAUAUGUGCCACGAAGCAAUACAAGUAUUCAGUUGGAAAUAUUUCAAAGAAUCAUUUUACAUUCCUCUUCUAUCUUUAGGAGAAGAUCCUGUAUCGACAGUACGAUUAACUGUUGCUAAUAUGUUUCCUUUGUUGAAAAAGAUGCUUAUGAUGCCGCUGGAUCGUCAGUUGCAGACGAAACUCGAUCAUGUAGUCACGAAAUUAGAGGCAAAUGAAAAGGACAAAGACGUGUUGGCUAUAUUGAAGGCAAAUUCGAAGAUAAUGAAAAAUCCACAACUUACCAAACCGGAAGAAUUGCUCGAGGAAAAGCGAAAAGUGGAGGAAGAAGAUAAGGUGCAUUUGGGGAAGGCGACCAGCAGUUUGGCUCCGAUGACAUCGAGAAAUCGAAAUAUCUCUUCAGCGGUUGUGAGGGACUCAAAAAACCAGAGAUCGAAUUCCAGAGGCCAAUCGAAAUCUUCGUUGAGUACUAACUUAAUGCAGAUGAAUCGGGCGAGUAGCACCCCGAGUGGAACAUUUAUAAAUGAAAUGAACUUCUUAGACCAACAUUUCUAUACAGACGCUGGUGUCGCAUUGCCAGAGUCUGCUUCUUCAACUUCUAUUAGAUCUUUAGAAGACGAUUUAUCGCUAUUGAGCGUUCAACGUUCCCAAUUUAUUAACGACGAGGUAUCGACAAUAUCUGUAGAAAAUACAAACAUAGAAAAUAUGUCCGAUGACGACCUGAUUGAGUUAAAAACGUAUACUACGAAUAUUACGGAUGAUGUUAAGGUUGAUUUGGAGAAGAAAACUGGCAAUUCAAUAUCAAAGGGUUUCGAAGAGCACGUUAGAAAGAGGAACAAGAGAAAUUCUUGUUUUUUUGCCAAUGAUAAUACCCAGAGAAAUAAAUCUGUGUUGAAAAGGAGAAGCCUUAAUUUAACAGUGAACGAAACAAGUAGAAUUCCUGUUAUUAUAAGAAAAAAUAAGAUAGGAAUAGAGUCUUCCAAACUGAAAAUCACUCCAGUAGAGUAUGAAGAAAAUAACGAUAAACCACAAAAUACUAUGUGCAAUAAAAAUGGCAAUAUCAAGAGUAGCUUUAGCAAUAGUUAUAAGAAAAAAGUGACAAUAACGAGUGAUAAAAAUUUUACCAAAGCGUCUAAUUUACCUGUUUUAAUAAGAGGCCCACCGCAAAAAGACGGCCAGUCUGGACAAGUUACCUCACAAACCCGUUUACAGAAGAGCAAUUUUACCUCUUGA